AUGACUUGGAUCCUGAUCGCUGCUUUCAUAGUAGCCUUCCUUGUCUACCACAUCUCUAUUUCUACUUUGUUUAGCCCUCUGGCGCGAAUUCCCGGUCCAAAGUCUUUUGGCCUGACCAAGUUUAAAUUGGCCUACGAGGACUACAAAGGAACUCGCACCCGAAAGAUCAAUGCUCUCCAUCAGAAAUAUGGACCUGUUGUUCGCAUUGGCCCCAGUGAGGUGACCUUCAACAGCAUCUCGGCCUUGCGUGCAAUCUACGGUGCCGGAAGUGGCUUUGAGCGCACCGGCUUCUACCACAUGUUUGAGGUUUAUGGUCGAAAGAACAUGUUUUCCUUCGCGACCGCGAAACAGCACGGAGAAAGAAAGAAGCUGUUCGCUCAUGCGUACGCCAAAUCUGUCAUGCUCAAAGGUGAAAAUGCCGAAAUGGUCGAGAACAAAGUCAAGCUGUAUAUGGACCUUUUGGAGCGUGACGGAGGGAAAAGCGAGAUAUUUUCUACCUUGCACUAUUUCUCCUUGGACACAAUCACGGAGUUUCUUUACGGGUCUUUCGGCAAGACAUCGUGUCUCGAGGGAUUGGGGCAAGACCGCGCACUCAUCGGAGAUAUCAUCGAUACUGCCCGUCGCAAGCUAUCGUGGUAUGCGGUUCAUUUCCCCCACUUCACGGAAUGGCUUUACUCGAGAACCGGGGUUAGUGGGUGUAUUGCGAAAUGGUUGUACCCGAUGCAACUGCCAACGACUUACAGCGGCAUCAGACUUCACGCAAUGAAAGCCACUCAGAAAUAUGCCAGUGCUUCUGCCGAAAAAAAGAGCGCAACAGCCCUGAUCUCCAAACUGUGGAGUCACCACCAUUCCGAAAAACCAAAUGGAAUCGAUGAUCUGGAUAUCGCAUCCGAAUGUGCAGACCAUCUUCUAGCAGGCAUUGACACCACCAGUGACACGUUGAUGUUCCUAAUUUGGGCUCUUUCUCGGCCAGAAAAUAAGGAAUUCCAAGAUAAACUCAUCGAGGAAGUUCGAAAUAUCCCUGAAGGAUCUCUGAAUUCUGAUGGCAUCCCCAAGGUAGAAAGCAAUGACAAGCUCCCUUACCUCGAUGCAGUUAUCAAAGAAACACUCCGUCUUUACGCACCUCUUCCCGGAUCAGAACCACGCUCACUUCCUACGGCAGCCACAAUUGAUGGCUACACAAUUCCGCCCCGGACAGUGGUUUCCAUGGCCCCAUACUCUCUCCACCGCAACCCUGAGAUAUUCAAGAAUCCCACCAAAUUCGACCCUGGUCGCUGGUUGGGAUCCUCCGAAAACUCGGCCGAUAUGAAGAAAUGGUUCUGGGCAUUUUCCAGCGGAGGGAGGAUGUGUAUUGGCAUGCAUCUGGCAAUGGCCGAAAUGACAACUUUGGUCGCGGCCAUUUAUCGAAAAUACAGAACAACACCAAUGGGAGAUUUCGGAACCGUCUCUCCUAGUAUCACAGGUCGCUAUGAAGUGUUCUACGAUGACACUUGUAGUCGGAUGCGGGAACAUGAGUGUCAGAUUGAGUUCAUGUCACAUUGA